AUGUGGCUCACAGUGGCAGAAAGAAUCCAGAUAGUGAAUUCUGCUGACGUCUCAAUCAGGGAUGAACCAAUUGUUGAGGCGUCGAUUGACAUUAUUGAGGAGCAACCGCCGCCACAGCCAAAUGAAGGACCUGCGGUUACUUCCGCCGCCAGGAAAAGGAGAAGAACAAGUGAUCCCACUAUUCCUAUGAAAGAGUAUUCCAGAGGGAAAGUAGAUGUGUCCAAAAAAAAACUUGAUCUUUAUCUUAUAGAGCAUCAGAAAAGAAUCAAAAUACUCAACUUGGAGGAGGAAGCGGAUGAGAAUCUUGAAAAUAGAGGAGAAGGCCAAAAAUAAUUUGAAAGUUUCAGAAUUGGAAGAGGAAACUGCCAAAAUGUAUUUGGAAAAGGAGAAAGUGGAGUUGGAAAUUUCAAAAAUAAAGUUGGAAAGAGGAAAAUUGUGACAUAAUGUUAGGCCUAAUUUGUA